UUUUAUCUUAAAUCUCACUUGACAACCAUUUACCGUUUGGAGCACUUCUCGGACUCGCUCAAAAUUCUAAACAUGUUUCGCCUGUCUGUGCUCAGCGGCCUAGCACGUGGUGUCCUUCGUUCCUCUAAAAACCAGAGAAAUAUCCUGCGCUGCCUGUCCGACAGUUCCGAUAAAACCUAUAUCCCAAGUCAAUCGGAACACACGAAGGCCAAUCUGAAGAAGUUAGAUGAGGAAGUGGAUCAGUCAGGUCACCAGUUAGUAUGGCCGAAUGUGAAGGAGAGGAACAUACACCAUUACGAAGAGCACCAACAGGAUUCCAAUGACGAUAUCACAGCCUCAUGGGGCUGGAAAAACAACGAACUGGACGUGGAGGAACUGGCAGGACUGCCCGGACCCAGUGCAGAGGAUCCCUAUGUAAGGUUUGAAGAGCAAUCUGUAGAGGAUCAAUACAGCUACACUGAGAGUGACCAUUCCAAUAUCCAAGAGGAGUUGCAAUUCGAAAGAAUGCGUUCUAUGAAGAAACAACUGUCUCAAGAUUUGGAUUCCCAAGAGAACUUCACCAGCUUUGAACAAAAUUCUCUAACGUCCGUGCGAGAGAAUGUGGACUUUAUGAUUCAGGAGCUUAGUCAGAUUUCCCUUCUCCUGAACACCCUCUAUCCAGAGGAGUCCGCUUUGGUUAACAAUGAAUUGGGUCAAGUCGAUAACAUGGGUAGUGUUUCCUCGACACCAGAAAUGGCUUCAUUGGCAUUAAACAUACCAAAGAGGAAUGAGAACUUGGAUUAUGAGGAGGAGGUAAUCAGCGGAAUAUCCGAUCAGACUGAUCUAGAAACUGUGGAUAGUUCUUUAGCAUCUGAUAAGCUAGAAGAAAUCCAAUUGUCGGAACCCAAAGCCGAUGUAGCAGAAUCAAAUCAGUCUGUGGAUCCUGAAAUCAAUAUUACCAUGACUGUUGAAUCUGAAUUGGAAGAUGUAGAAAGUUCUGAAAACAACCAAGAGCAGCCUAAAGCCGCUGAAAAGGAAUCUGAGCAAUCUUUUGCCAUGACCGAUCAAUCAGGUCUGAAACUUGAAGAGGGUUCGUUGCUUACAAGCGAAACAGCCGAUUUAUCAGAAGAAACAGCAACAACAGAAGAGACCAUGUCUUCUAGCGACUCUCAAGAAGAGAGUCCUUCAAAAACUACAGAGAGUACUCCCAGACCUGUCGUUCAGCCGGAGGAAACCAUACACACCUAUAAACCCUUUAGGACCAUCGAGAUUCCGGCCAGUAAGCCAACUAGUAGCAAGGCUAAUGAAGGCAUUAUAGCUAUUGAUGAAAUGGAUUCCGAGGGGUACACGGUUUCUAGCAAACUUACGGAGUUAGAAUCCCGAGAACUGAUGCGCAUGGCACUGAGGCAGGCCCUGGAUGAUCUCGAGUCUGGGAAAAACAAAUACAAAGCCACUAUUCUGGAGGCCGAAACUGAGUGAAAUCAAUGAAAUGCCAUCAUAAACAAAUAAGAAAAUAAAAAUUAAAAUUUA